UGGGGUAGUUAUACAUUUACUGGAAGGAAGGAUAAUUCUCAUAAAGAUGGCAGUAAAAAUAAUUGUCUGCUUGCUACUCUGUGCUGUGGCUGCAUCUGCUAGCUAUGUUCCUUACUGCAUUUCCCCCCAGGAAAAGUCCACAAAGCAGUAUGCUAUCGGAAGCAGAAUCACCUAUUCGUGUCCAAAAGGCUCUGUACUAAUUGGAGAGAGAAUAGCAACCUGCUUACUGGACAAAACAUCUCAUCAAGGAUAUUGGUCCUCGCCAAUUCCAACUUGCAAAAUAACUCUUUGUCCUAGACUACCAACCAUCAGAUAUGGGACUGUGAGUAUCAGUGGACGAAGAAUUGGGUCAGCCGCCAGUUAUGAGUGCAAUAAUGGGUUCCUGCUGGUAGGAGAAUCUACACGACAUUGUCUUUCCUCUGGAGACUGGUCAGGAGAAGCACCUUUUUGCAAGCGUAGAGUUGUCCUUUGCCCCAAACUGUCAUCUCCAUCAUACGGAAGUGUUAGUGUUACUGGACUAGCGGUUGGAUCCUCAGCCAGUUAUGACUGUAAUGAUGGAUUUUUACUCGUUGGAACAACAACUAGAUACUGUCUGCCAACAGGAGACUGGUCUGGAGAGGCACCUACCUGCAGACCUAAUCGUUGUCCGACUUUACUGUCUCCAAAGUACGGCAGUGUAAGCAUUACUGGUUUACAAGUUGGAUCGACUGCAACAUAUGUGUGUAAUUAUGGUUUCUUGCUGGUUGGAGUUUCUACAAGACACUGUCUUUCUUCGGGAGAUUGGUCUGGAGAAGCACCUUCUUGCAAGCGUGAAAUUAUCUUCUGCCCAAAACUCUCUGCUCCAUCAUAUGGAAGGGUCAGUGUCACUGGACUAGAAGUUGGAUCAAGUGCUACAUACGAGUGUAAUGAUGGCUUUUUGCUGGUCGGAACAAUCACAAGAUACUGCCUCCCUACUGGAGAAUGGUCAGGAGAAGCAUCUACUUGUAGAACUGUUCGGUGUCCAAAACUGUCUGCUCCAAGCUACGGAAGUGUAACUGUGAGUGGACUGGAGGUUGGAUCUACUGCAACAUACGAGUGUGAUGAUGGCUUCUUGCUCAUUGGAUCGUCAUCUAGAUACUGCCAACAGUAUGGGGACUGGUCUGGAGAAGCACCUAUUUGCAAUCCUGUUCGUUGUCCGAAACUGUCUGCUCCAUCGUAUGGAAGUGUGAGUGUCAGCGGUCUACAAGUUGGAUCAACUGCAACAUACCAGUGUGAUGACGGCUUCUUGCUAGUUGGAUCGUCAUCUAGAUACUGCCAACAGUAUGGGGACUGGUCUGGAGAGGCACCUAUUUGCAAUCCUGUUCGUUGUCCGAAACUGUCUGCUCCAUCGUAUGGAAGUGUCAGUGUCAGUGGUCUACAAGUUGGAUCAACUGCAACAUACCAGUGCAAUGACGGCUUCUUGCUAGUUGGGGCAUCUACAAGAUAUUGUCAAUCUUCCGGAGACUGGUCCGGAAAAGCACCUACAUGCAACUCUGUGCUUUGCCCAAAACUGACCCCCCCUUUCUAUGGUCGUGUGAGCACCACGGGACAGCAACCAGGCUCAUCAGCAAACUACCAAUGUAAUGAUGGAUUUUUGCUGGUGGGGGAAUCAAGUAGACAGUGUCUUCAUUCAGGACAGUGGUCAGGAAGGGCACCCGCUUGUAAACCUAUCAAAUGUCCAUUACUGUCACCUAUUGUGAACGCGAAAAUCACUGGAACUGGCCUCGGAGUUGGAUCCACAGCCACACACGAGUGUUUUGAUGGAUUUGUUCUGGUUGGAGUGUCAGUGAGAAAAUGCUUAACCACCGGACAAUGGUCAGGAGAAGAACCAUUUUGUAAACCUGUUAGUUGUCCAGACCUUCAUAAUCCAAAUUAUGGUAGUGUUCGUCAGACUGGGACUACACUGGACCACGUGGCAUACUACAACUGUAAUAAGGGGUUCCAACUUGUGGGAGGGAGAGUGAGAAGAUGCUUAACCACUGGACAUUGGUCAGGGCAAGCUCCUGUCUGUAAAGAGCAAGGAUGUGGUCGACCGCCUAAGCCUGUCUAUGGUUACGUGUCAUUUGAGAGCACUAACUAUAGAGCAGUAGCUACCUACUAUUGCGAUGACGGCUAUGCCUUUAGCAAGAAAGGGGCGCAGCACCGUGUGUGUUUGGAGAACGGUCACUGGUCUGGAGAAACACCAGUGUGUCAACCACAGUAUUACUGAUUUCAGAACAUGGCUGGACUUAACUAUUAUCUUGUAGCUAACUAGAGAAAAAACAAUAGACCGCUGUGAUAUGUACGUAGCUAUAUGCAUGUACUAUAACUGUAUUUUGGAUUUUAUAAUCAUUACAAUUUCAACAUUAACAAUUAUAUG